GUCAGGGAGCUGCUGAGCACAGCUGCGAGGAGCCAGCUAACUAACAGCGUCUGGAUCCCAGCCUCUGAUCCCCCAAACCUCUGCCUGAGAUGAUUCCAGCGGUGGUCUUGCUCUUGCUGCUUCUAAUUCAAGAAGCCGCGGCUCUGUCUGAGCCCCAGCUCUGUUACAUUCUGGAUGCUGUGCUGUUCACCUAUGGCAUUGUCCUUACUCUGCUCUACUGCCGCCUCAAGAUCCAGGUGCGAAAGGCAUCAGCUAGAUUGGAGAAAUCUGAGGAAGUCUACACAGGCCUGAGUACCCGGACCCAGGAGACUUAUGAAACACUGAAGUACGAAAAACAGCCACAGUAGAAGAGAAAUGAGAGAAGCCCCCGUGGUCACGACAGGCCUCAUCUCUUAGUCCCCUCUACCACCUGAGUACUCAUCUUGGCCCUAACCUUUGCCCAUUAAGAACAACACAUGAAGUAUCCCUAUCCUCUUCAUUAAUAUGAUGCAACUUCACUUCUCUGAUAAUCAGCUGCCUAUGUCCUCUUAUUAAUAUGGAAUCCUCCCUGUUCAUUUUAAUAUCCCUGCCCUUCAUUAACAUGCAAAGAUGUCAUUGACACUUGUUACCAUGAACAUACUGACCCUUGACCAUCCCAUGUUAUUAAAGGGUCUUCUAUACUUUGCUCUAUGUCAACCCCAUCCCUGCCCCACCUUUCCUCUGUAGAUUGUGGGGUUCUUUCCUCAAUAAAGCUGCCAUUGGCUAUA